AAACCUCAAUACCCAGAGAGGGUUUAUCAUUCUUCAGUAGGGACUAAGAAAGAAAGCAAGGUCUCGCUGCAUCUUCAACCCUGCACUUCAUUUGCACAGAUUCAAACAAUUUGAUACGGAAAGCGUGUCGAGUCAACUCUUAAUAGGCAUGGCAAGCCUGUUAACAACAUCAACCUUCACAUAUUCUCCUCUCAACAGCCACACCAAAGAUUAUAGUAAUAAGUCCGGAAAUUCUUCUACAGGAAGGAGAUGUUCCAUAAAAGCAAUGAGGAUAGAAAAAUCUUUGGAAGAAUUAUACAAUGUGAAGGUCGAAAGGAAAGUGUCUUCUGAAAGGCUAGCUCAACUUGGAGUCUCAAAAUGGUCAGUGUGGAAGACCGGAAAAUGCAAGUUGCCGUGGGACUGGCAGGUUGACCAACUGGUGUACAUAGAAGAAGGGGAAGUGAGGGUUGUCCCGGAAGGAAGCAAGCGAUUCAUGCAGUUCGUUGCUGGUGACUUGGUCAGGUACCCCAAAUGGUUUGAGGCUGACCUAUGGUUCAAUGGUCCAUAUCAAGAACGAUAUAGUUUUAGAGCAUAUGGUGAUGAUUAUUGAUGAUGAUGCUGCAUGAUUCUCCCAUAAAGUUACUUGAUGUCCACCAUAUUUGGAUUGUGUUUUAUUUGGGUAAAUUACAGUAGUCUUCCAUGAUAUUUGGUGAAACUCAUUGUGACUUCGCUCUAAUUGUUAGUGUUAUAUUCUUCAAAGUAUAAGGUAUCGGUUGUAUUGUUCAUCUUAAUCUUUAAGGGAGGUCAGUGUACGAUUUUAGAAA